UGUUCCAAGUUUGGAGCUUAUGUCGACAAGGUUUCUGGUGCGUGGGGCACUGCGGGUGACAUGGAGCUCCACAAUGUGAGCAAUGCUUCUCAGGCUGAGGGGUCUUAUUUGAAUGUUAGAAGGUCUGUGCCUACUGAAUUUACAAAGUAUGACACAUCUACGGCCCGAAGCAAUCAGAAUUUUCAGGGUUUAUCUCACAGUGGCAGUUUAUACGCUGAGCAGUCCCUGGCAUUAGCUUUUGAAGACAUGUCUCUAAGUUUGAGGACUCGCAGAGCUGAUUCACCUACCAGUCAUCGCAAUGUGGCGCUGACAAAUGGACACUGUCCAUCUGGACGUGUGGAUGUUAUCCUGAACCAGCCACACGAGCCUGCGACACUUCAAGAUGAGUCCAUGCCUCUACAGUUCAGUGCUGCACGUGCUAAGCAAAAGACUGAUGAACUAACUGCUGAACACCAAGAACAAGCUUACAGUUUUCCAUCACACUUGGGGAGUUUUUCAAGCUCUGGGCUGCACAGCUUUGAUAGCAAUUUCGGUAUUCCCUGCUACCCAUCAACUGCAUCAGCUUCACCCAUUCAGAAGCAAUGUUAUGUUGAUGGGCAAUCUCAAUCUCAAAUGUAUGCACCCUAUGAUCAGCAUGUUAGUUCAAACUUAAUUUGGCAGCAUGACAUGGGUGCACAACCAUACUCUGUUAUGCAACAAUUUUCUGGGUUUGAUGUUCCUCGACAUAGAAGCAAUCAGCAGGCUGCAGUUUGUACUCCUGCAAAUGGCUCAUCCUCUUAUCUUGGAACACCAAGCUUUCAUGGGCUGGAAAGUGGGGAUCCUUACUUGAAUGGUGCUGCUUUUCAGAAGAGAAAGAAACAGCUGAAUAAUACAUAUGCAGAUAGGUUCCCUAGUACAUCUUACACUGACAGUUCAUAUGGCAGUGGUGAUUUUCGCCAUUUUCAGCAACCUGAAAAGGUUGCCCAUCAACAUGGACUAUGUUUCUCGCAGCAUCAGAUCUCAGGUAAAGUCAGCACUAUAAGUUAUCCAGAAAAGAUCCUGGUGAGGCCUGAUGGUGUAAAUUCAGUAAGGACUACGAAGUUUGCUCCUUCAGUUAAUGGCUGUGCUGAUAUGGAUCAAAGAAUUAAUGGUUAUGGACAUGACCAUCUUUACAUUCAGAGUAAUGAUUCCUCGCACUUUGACUGGCUCGACCCCCAUUUUCUGUCCUCAGAAUCAAAAUAUGGACCAUCCAUGGAAUCACCUAAGUCGACCUAUAAUUCAAUUGAUGAAGUUGUGGGAAGAAUUUGUAUUGUGGCAAAGGAUCAGAACAGCUGCCGCUUUCUGCAAAGUGUAUUUACCGGAGGAAGUCAAGAGGAUGCAGAAAAAGUCUUUGCUGAAAUAAUUGAUCAUAUUGGUGAACUUAUGGUGGAUCCAUUUGCCCACUAUUUGGUGCAGAAGAUUCUUGAAGAGUGCAGCCAUGAUCAAAGGAUGCGCAUAAUUUUUGAAAUUACCAAAGUACCUGUAGAGCUUCUUAAAGUUUCUUGCAACAUGCAUGGGACUCGUGUAGUGCAAAAGGUCAUAGAAACUCUAAAUACUUCGGAUCAGGCUUUGAAGGUUGUGUCUGCAUUGCGUCCUGGAGCAAUGCAUUUGAUGACUGAUCCUCAUGGCAGCCAUGUUGUGCAACGCUGCUUGCAGCAAUUGUUACCUGAGCACAAAGCGUUCCUUCUUGAGGCUGCUGCAUCACACCAUCUUCAACUAGCCACAGAUCGGCAUGGCUGUUGUGUCCUUCAGAAAUGCAUAGAACAUUCAAAUGACAGUCAGAAGUACAGCUUGUUGAGCAAUAUUAUAUCUGAUGCCCGUAGGAUUUCAGAAGAUCAGUAUGGGAACUAUGUUAUUCAGUUUAUUCUCAACCUCAAGAUCGAAUGGGCAACGGUCAAAGUAGUGGAUGCACUGGAGGGUCACUUUGGAACUCUAUCAAUGCAAAAGUGUGGUAGCCAUGUUGUUGAAUAUUGUCUGAAGCUAGCACCACAGCUAGUGUGUGAUAGGGUCAUCAAUGAACUUAUGAAUGAUCCUAAAUUGCCGCAUAUCAUGCUAGAUCAGUACGGGAACUAUGUGAUUCAAACAGCACUUAAACAGUGCAAGGGUGCACUAUAUGCUGCCUUUGUCGAAGCUAUUAGACCGCAUGCUGCUGUACUGCAAAGCAACAUGUUUGGGAAAAGGGUUCUAUCAAGAACAUACCUGAAGAACAGGCAAUACUGAUUUGGCUCUUUUAACCCUCGUUUGGUGAUCGCAGCAUGGAAAGUGUAUUAUCGGGGACAGGACCAAUGUAUAAUUCUGUGAUACAAUUCAGAGCUUACAGAUAGGACGCAUCUUCGCAUGUUGGCGGAGAAAAGAGGGUCUUUUGUUUGCAGGAAAAUUUUUGGUUAGGAGAAGCUUUUGUCUGGGCCACUCUGGUGUAUUUGCAUAUGUAGAACUAGUAGAGUUCCAUCUGGAAAUGAUGGUGAUUUGGAACUGUUGGGUUGGUUUUCAGUCAUG